AUGUCGUGGUCGAGGUGCGACGUGUGCGGGAAGUCGGCAAAAGGCUUCGCCCUGCGGUGCGGAGCGUGCAGCUUCCAGAUGCACCCAUGCUGCGCCAUGCUGUCGACUCGCAUAAAUGUAGCAGUCCACCCCCACGCCCUCACUCUGCUGCCCACAGAUUCACAUUACUACUGCACUUGCAAUGAGUGCAGUGGUAAGAGAAAGUCUGGCCGCGUCUACCGCUGCACGACUUGCGAGGAUAAUGAGUCUUACUAUCUUCAUGCAGUCUGCGCCAAGUCCUUCAUUAACGGCCUUCACGACAACGGGAUACCAACACCUCAGAAGCCGAGCGCGCUUGGGACCGCGGCCCGCGUGGCUUCCCAAGUUGUGACUGAGUUCAUAGGGGGACUGUUUGAAGGGAUUGGGGAAGGUGUGGCUGAAGCCUUGCUGCAAAAUAUUAUGCCAAGGGGAAGAAGGCAACUUCACCACAACUGA